AUGCUUGACAGGCGCUUCGUACCUCCGGAUGAAUCUUACCAGCCGCUGCCGAGAACAUCUUCUCGGGUGCGCAGGAUGAAGCACUAUUUGUUGAAGAGUCGCAUACCAUAUCGAUUGCGAAAGGCACUGCAAAGCACAAUGAGCCGUAUGGUCGGUCAAGGUGGCUACGAUCCCAUCGAGGGCAAGACGAGCUCGAGACAAUGGGUUCUCAACCUGCUCAUUGCUCUAUGCAGCCUUUUCCUGAUUUUGACAUACGAAUCGGCAAUGACGUAA